AUGGCGACGGCGGGUGACGGAGCGGCCUCCUCGUACGAAACCGGGGGAGCAGGUGGGAAAUUCCGUAAAAGACCUUUGAGAAGACCCCAGACGACGCCAUACGAUCGGCCACCUACGGCUCUCAGAAACCCUGGCAGAAAGAGCGACGGUUGGCUGUCGAAGCUCGUGGUGGACCCGGCUUCCAAACUCAUCUCCUCCACAGCGCACUACUUCUUCUCCACCGUUCUCUGCAAACGCCUCCCUCCUCCGCCACCACCACCACCACAACCACCAGAGGUGAACCAAGAACCUUGGGAGAGGCAUCACGAGGCAGUUCCCAUUAAUCGUGAUUCAGCGCAAGAAUCUACCAUUCAUGAUGUUGGAAAUCUGACUAACAGCUCUGAUGGAUGUGGAAUUUCUGAGCUUGAGCAAAUGUUAAAGCAGAAGACCUUUACCAGAUCUGAAAUUGAUCGGUUGACAGAACUAUUGCGUUCAAGAACUGUUGAUUUACCUUCUGUGCAUGAGGAGAAAAGGGCUGAAGUCAAUCUUCCAAAGCCAGCAUCUGAUUUUGGAAGACACGUGAACGUUUCUACUCCUGUUGUCAGUUCAAAAGUUCUGGAAGAGGAUAUUGCUUCACCUGCUGAGCUUGCAAAAGCUUACAUGGGCAGUCGGCCUUCAAAAGUAUCACCAUCAAUGUUGGGUUUGCGCAGCCAAGUGCUGAGGGACGAUGCAACGUUGCCAAAUAAUACUUCAUUUCCUCCAAAUUCACCCUUCAUGUCACUGGUACCGAAGACUGCUGCUCGUGUUGGUGUUCCUGAUAAUGGUUUUACAACCCCAAGAUCUCGAGGCAGAUCUGCAAUAUACAACAUGGCCCGUACACCAUAUUCCAGGGUUCAUUUGACUACCACACAAAAGGGUAUUAAAUCCCGAAAUACUGAUCAUGGAGGGCCAUUGUUGUUAUCAUCAUCACAUCACACAUGGGAGCAUGAUGGACAGUUGGGGUCUAAUCAAGUGGCCCUAAAGCGAAGGAGUUCAGUACUCGAUGAUGAUAUUGGAUCUGUUAGUUCCCUUCGUAGAACCCGACUGAAGCCUAAUCUUUUAUCUCAAGGGGGUCCUCUCUCUACUCGUGGAAUGGAAGUUGGUUCUGGUCCUGUCCAACAUCCUGUAUCUUCGAUGCAGACUCUAGUUUACCUGGGUGCACACAAGGAUAAAGUCUCCAAAACUUUGGGAGAGAACAAUGAUAGUAGCUUUCCUACUACAAGUUAUGCCUCUGUUCCUUCAAAGUCCAGUGAGAUGGCUACCAAAAUUUUGCAGCAUCUUGAAAAGUUAACCCCAAAGGAAAAAUCAUCAGAAUCUAAGCUAGCUGCUGCAAGGGAGAAAUCGCCUGCUAAAUUGACACCAAACAUGCUUCGUGGACAGGCUCUUAUAAGCCUGGAGGAUGUAGAUUCACCAAAGUUGAUGCAGAGUUCCAAAAGUAUUCAUGAAUUGUGGGAUUUGCAAAACCAUCUUUUACCUGAUGCACCUGAGUCUUCCUCUCGCGUGCAAGACAAACUUGAAGAAAACGACCCAAAAAAGUUUGCUGUUCCUCAUGAUAUAUUGAGUUCUGCAGUGAAUGGUGAUACCAGUUUCUCUGUCAAAGACGUACCCACCGUUAAAACUGCAGAUAUUGUCAUUACAAAGUGUGUCACUCAACCUCCUCAAAAGAAACGGGCUUUUCAGAUGAGUGCACAUGAGGAUUCUUUGGAGCUAGAUGAUGACAUACACUCGAAUGGUCCUGCAUCUACAUUGGUGGCUGAAGGGAGAGGGAAAGAGGAGAUAACUGAGGUGGAGAACAAGGCUCUUUCUGCUGAAGCAAUAACACUGGACAAAGCUCCAUCUUUCCCUGAAGUUAUGACACCCGUAGAUCCUUUACUGAGCAAAAGAACUUCUUUGGAAACUGCUGAUGCGUCUGUGGUUGGUGGCUUCAGUUUCCUUACCUCGCACGCUCCCAGCACAACUGAAAAGUCAGCUGUGCUUAGUCAAUCAACCUCAUUUGCUCCAGCAAAGGAAGCAAAUGCUCGUCCUCCCUUGUUUAGUUUUAGCUCUAAAAGUGUUGAUAAGGCCCCAGCAUUUACAUUUGCUUCCUCAUCUUCUGUUAAUGAAUAUUCAGGCCCAAAAUCUAGUGCUUGGUCAGAUUCAAAACCAGAAAGUGCAAACAGCUUAGCCAAUGUCGCUUCUGGUUCAACUGAGGCUCUGCUGAAAAUGCCGGAGUCAGAUAAAGGUGAUCGUAAAAACAUUCAGAAGGCUGGAGAUAUGAUUGGACAAUCUGAAACUUCAUCUGCUGUAUCAGUUUCAGCAUCAGCAAGCAGCAUUUUUUCCUUCGGCAACCCUGCAAACAAUUUGAAUCCAAAUGAAGGGUCACUUGCUUCAAGCUCGACUAUAUUUUCUUCCACAGCUCCUGUUCUAGCUUCCAGUAAUUUAAUCAAUGAUGUUCUCAUCAAUAAUUCUAACCUUCUAGCCUCUUCCACCAGUACUGCCACUCUGACUACUACUGGCAGCACUGUUGCUUCAACUGCUGCCUCCGAUAGCUGUCUUUCUGCAUCUACUGCACUUCCGUCAUUUUCAGUUGGACCCGUCUUCAAAUUUGGCCCCUCUGUUUCUCCAUCGACUCCUAUUUCAGCUUUCAGUACAACUUCUAACAAGGAAACUGCAGACAUCGAGGAUGUAGCCAAGAAGGAAACAACUUUUGGCAAUCUGGCUAGUUCUUCUUUUGGUGGCACAUCGUUUGCAAUGGCAAGCACAGGAAGUAGCAUUUUUGGAUUCAGUUCCUCAGUCACUUCAUCAAAUGCCAAUAAUCAGUCUCAGGGUUCUCUUUUUGCUACUGGCAAUGUAUCUAUGAUUAGUGCACAGACGCCUUCUGCUGGAUCUGAGGUUGCAACUGUUUCACAGAGCAUGCCUGUUCAGUUUGGUUCAUCUGCCUUGUCUCCAACCUUUGGGACUUCUGGAAUUACGUCAUUUUCUUCUAGCAGUUCUUUAUUUGGUUCGUCAACUCCUGCUGCUAAACUGUUUGGUUCAGGUGCUGGUUUUGGUUUCAGUUCUUCUGCUUCAUCUUCAGAGCCCAACCCGGUUUGCUCCAGCAAUGGUCCUACUUCUAGCAUGUUUAGUUUUGGUGUCAGUUCUUCAGCUUCCUCUUCCGGGGCCAACUCUGUUAGCUCCAGCAGUGGUGCUCCUUCUAGCAUAUUUGGUUCCAGUUGGCAGCCAGUCAAGUCUCCAAGCUUUGCUUCCACAUUGAAUAAUUCGUCUCCUUCAACUGGUUUCUCCUUUGGAGCAACCUCCACUUCUGUUGCUGCAAGCAACAAUGCACCGUUGGUGUUUGGAUCCUCUACUGGUGCCACAUCAGCUUCUGUUUUCUCAUUUUCAACAGCUUCUUCUAUGACCUCGGCUUCACCAUCUGUCUCUCAAACGCAGCCUGUGUUUGUUAACUCUGCCCCUGUGUUCACUGCCUCCAUGGGCAAUGGGGAUCAGAUGAACAUGGAAGAUAGUAUGGCCGAGGACCCUAUGCAGGCAUCCACACCUUCGGUUCCCAUAUUUGGUCAACCACCAAUGUCGCCUCCUCCAGCUGGCUUCAUGUUUGGUUCAACAGCUCCAUCGCCAAGUCCGUUUCAGUUUAGUGGCCAACAGCACCAAGCAGCUCCACAGAAUCCAUCUCUGUUUCAGGCGUCAAGUAGUCUAGAAUUCAGUGCUGGAGGGAGCUUCUCACUGGGCACUGGUGGUGGUGACAAGUCUUCACGGAGAAUUGUAAAAGUUAGAAAAAAUCGGAAGAAGUAA